UGGCCCCGCAGAUCGAGCUUGGAUCAGAUCAUGGCGAGCAUUGUACUAUACGGCAUGAACAUCAGCCCCCCAGUUAGGGCUUGCCAGCUGACACUGCGUGCCUUGGAGCUGGAGUACGAGUUCAAGGAAGUGGAUCUUCUGGCCGGCGACCAUCGCCAGGAGGAGUUCCUGAAGAAGAAUCCCCAACACACCAUACCGCUCCUCGACGACGACGGAGUCCUGGUCUGGGACUCACACGCCAUUGUGUGCUAUCUGGUGGACAAGUAUGCCAAGUCGGACGAGCUAUAUCCCAAGGAUCUGGUGAAGCGUUCCCAGGUUAAUCAGCGUCUGUACUUUGAUGCCAGUGUCCUGUUCAUGGCUCUGCGCAACAUCUGUGCUCCAUACUUAUACAACAACGUUACGGAGAUACCCAAGGAGAAGUCGGACAAUGUACGCGAUGGUUAUGGUCACCUGGAGACCUUUUUGGGUGAGAAUCCGUACGUCAACGGGGAUACCCUGACAGUGGCAGAUUUCUGUUGUGCGGCAACAGCCUCUUCGCUGCCGGCCUUUGUGGAGCUUGAUGCGGAGAAGUAUCCCAGGGUCACCGCCUGGCUGAAGCGUCUCCAGGAGCUGCCCUAUUACGAGGAGGCCAACGGGGCGGGGGCCACCAAGUACGUGGACAUGCUUAAGGGCCAGCUGACCUUUCUGUAAGCAGGCCUCUUUCCCACAAUUACCCAGUGUUGGUGGCAUUAAUUUUUAAUUAAAGAAAGCUGUUGACAAAUCCUUUUUAUUGACCACACUGAAAAAAAUGCAUUUAAAAAAAUUACUAAGACGGGAACAACAAAAAAUAUAAUUGUAAAACCCGAGUUAAAAACAAAAAUUAUUGAAUAAAGCCGAAUUUGAAGAAAUUAAACUGA